AUGCCUCUUAAUAUUGUUCAGGACUAUUCGAAAAACAGCUCUUCGCUGGGGGACUUAGCGUCUCAGACCAGCACGGGGGUGAAAUCCAUGGCCAGUUUGGGCCCGCGUUCGUCGCGUUCGGGUUCGAUCACCUUGCUUAAACAGAGGCUUCAGUCACUGACAGGAACAAGUCCAGGCAACCCAUCGUUAUAUUCAUCCCACAGCAGCAUGGAUGUCCACUCCUUCACCACAAGCAACGAUGAUCUGGCUGCCGAAUCGGUCGAUUUUGCAGGCCUUGAUCUUCGCCCGUACAAUGAGGCCCUCACAAACUACCUAAUCCAGCAUGGACUCAGCGGCAGCGCAAUCAAGUUCAAGCACGGAUCUAAAGUCGGUAAGUCGGCCCUCAAAAUCUUCAACUCAUCAGCCCCGAAGUCGGUACAAGCCUUCUUAUCUGGUACCGGACAAAUCUUGUUCUUACCGUACAAUCCGGCCAAGAAAAGAGACCAGCAGGCAGAAGAUCCUGCCGAUGAAGAAGGUGAUGCCGACGAGGAAGACUCCGACCAAGAAGACUCAAGAGGCGCGACGCCGCUGUCUGAUGGCCGUCCUCACAAACCUACGCAGCAUAACGUGGCAAAUCACACGUUUGUGGUUAUCAUCAGACUUUCGAAAGUCCAAUCGUUAACACCCGUUGCUCGGGCACGUUAUUUUGCCGAUGCCACAACUAAUUGGGUAUCGGGCAUUUACAUUGACGAUGCCAAAGGUCGGCCGAAAGUGUCCUUUAAAGAAAAGUACAAAGUGUCCAAGAAUAUCGAUUGGGAGUUGGACUUGCGCAAUCCCGAUUGCUUUAUUCCAUUCAAAAGUUCUGAUAAUGAGCAAGAAAAUGUGGACGAGCUCAACUUCGACCUUGUCCAAGACGCCGAGUCCCAGUUCACCUCGUCCACGAAAAACUCAGCCGAAAUCUACACAUCGCCUACACAAACGCAGGAGUUACGCUACUUUGAACCUCUAAAUCCGAAAGACUACAUCAACGAAAUUGAAAACGGAAAAGAUAUUGCGAAACACGAAGACCUUUUCUCCUCUGUUGAUGCAGACCCCAGAAACUUCAACCCGGGGUACUACGUGUUCCUGCUUCCUGUGGUGUAUCCCUUAAACACUCCGGAAACCGUUCGCACGCCGUUGGCAUCCAUAGGCCACAAUUUCAGUCUUCAACUUGAGUCCGCACAAUACAUUCCAACGAUCCCCCCACCUCCAACAGCAUUGCUGUCAGUUUCGCCUCACCAUGCUUAUGAGGAUGUUGACAUGGUUGGAAGUAACAUAAAGACAGGAAACAGCGUUGGCUCCAAAAGCAUUUUCAAAAAAUUGGGCAAGCGCAGGUCGUCGUCUGUUUCGUCAGCAAAUACCGUGACGGCUCAUAAGUCAUCGUCUAAUCCGAUUUACGAGUUUUUGCAUGAACUUCCUGUUGUCAGGUUGCCUCCAUCCGAUGCCACUUCCACGUUGAACAAAUCCAUCUAUGUGAACAAAAUUUGGAGUGAUGCGCUCAACUACGAACUUUUGCUACCCAAGAAAUUCAUUCAGCUUUCUCCGCGAAGUGGGGUCAGCGAUGCUUACAUGAAGAACACCACAUUUGUUCUUCAAAUGAAACUUAUUCCUUUAAUCAAAAACCUGUGUUUAAAAAGAGUCAAAAUCAACAUUGUCGAGAAAAUUACGCAUAUAUCCAGAGACAAAAAGCACGAGACCGAGUCUGGAUCCGCAGAUAGAUCAGGGGUGAAGGAGCGGAAAGUCACAUUGAUGGAGAUUAAAACGAAGGAUAAAACAAGUCCAAAUGUGUUGAAGACGCAGAUUGUCAAAGGUUGUGCCAAUGACAACCUGCUUACUUGUUGCUACAACAACGGGAAGCACCCUGAAGCAGAGACCAGAAGUCGGUCUGGAUCUUUGAACAAUUUGCACGUUGGAUCAAAGAGAAUGGCCAAGCUUCUGGACUCGUCCAAGGAUUCGACUUCUACUUCGGCGUCUUUCGAUCAGGACGAUGUCAGCAUAACCAAUCCUGUGAAAUUACAGUGUCCUUUGAAAUUUGUUGCCAACGACGAAACGAAGCUUGUUUCCGAGAUUCACGAGUCUCUCACAAAGUCCGGCACUGAUUACACCGAACAGGAGUCUGAAAGUGCUGUUGUUGAUGACGAGAUGUCUAUUUUUUCGGUCAGUUCCAACGGAACAACGGAGCACCAUGAAGAGGAGAAUUCGGGCUGGCUGUCCAAGUCUCCAAUCCUGUCUCCGAUUCUUGGUCCCAAGAAAACUGGAAACCAGUCCAAAAUUAUCUCCAAAGAAGAAGAUCGGUCCAACGACUUCUGUUUCUAUCCAGACACCAAUUUUCACAAUAUCACGAUCAAGCAUCGUUUGCAAGUUUGUUUCCGUAUCAGCAAACCAGAUUCAGAUAAGAAAGAUUCCAAUGGGGACCCCAAAAUGCAUCACUUUGAAGUGAUUGUCGACACACCAAUAGUGUUUGUUUCUCCAUUCUGUGUCCAGGACAACUUGCAACUUCCGAGCUACGAGUAUGCUGUGCGUUCUUCUGUGUUUGAACCGCAAAAGUCUGACGAUAACUUCUCCUUUUCGCAGAUCGACGAUCAGAACAAAGACAUUGACGAAGAUCUCCCAACUUUCGAAGAGGCAGUGGUGCUUCCUUCGUCGCCAAUGAUGAGCGGAUACAACGUUCCAAACAACCUCUCCACGACAUUCAACUCGACUACCAUGCUUUCACAGUCGCCAUUUUCUCUUGGAUCCAGUCCGAUGCUUGAUGGACAGAGCAUCUCCACCAAUCUCAGCGGGUUGAACCUGAACGCGAAGAGCGACGCCAAUUUCAACAACCUGGAUAGUCUGUUGCAGACCGCAGAUGUUGAGGACAACCAGAUGUUCACCAAGAAAGAUAUCAAGCCCAACAGUGCUGGUGGCCAACUUAGCAGUUUGUUGAAGCCACAGAGCAAGUUCGACGCUCCGCCGCUGAUCAGCAUCAACGGGAAGUUCGAGUACGGUAACCAGAGCCAUGUUCCAUCGAGAUCAUCGCUAGCAUACUACGAGGACGAUCUUCCGUCGUACCAAACGGUCAUGGAGCAGGAUACCAACAAUCUGACUGAGAACCUGGCACUACUUUCGGACGAAGAGCAAGAGGGAGACGAAACGUUCCACAUGGCUCAGGAUAAUCAGAGUCUAGGUACAUUGGAUCUAAACACGGUUCCUGCGCAGGCCAACAGGAUCUUGGACUGA